AAGGGGGCUUUACCUGUCCCACUCCUACCUCUGCGGCUGGCUGAGGGAGAAGUAGAGGGGGGAAAGAAAAGCAGAAUUACCAGUAGCUCUGGUUCUGCCGUCCCGGGAGCUCGCUCGCUCUCACACGCGAGCGCACACACACACACACCUUUACCUGCACAGACUUGAAAGUCCAGUUUCACCAGAGAGACUGAGGCAUCUGGAAAAGGGGAGAGAGUUCAUUGGAUCAAACAUGUCACAAGAGACGGACAAUAAAAACCGGCCUGUGACUAUAGUGCCAAGCGAUGCUCCCUUUAAUACCAGAAGAGCUUACACAAGUGAAGAUGAAGCUUGGAAGUCUUAUCUGGAAAACCCCUUAACAGCAGCUACUAAAGCUAUGAUGAGCAUCAACGGGGACGAGGACAGUGCUGCUGCUCUUGGCUUAUUAUAUGACUAUUAUAAGGUUCCAAGAGAUAGAAGAUUAUUGCCUGUUAACAAAGUGAGUGAUAAUCAAGAAGACCAGGACAAAAGGAAUUGUCUUCCCACCAGUGAAACGCAAAGUAACUUGAGCAGCAACAGUGAAAACAGAGUGCAGGUCUUGAAAACGGUGCCAGUAAACCUCUCCGUGAACCAAGAGCAGCUGGACGCUUCCAAAAGGGAGCAGUUCAGUUCAAAUGUAUCAGGAAGCCCAUCCUCCAUUUCUGUGACUGGGGUUAUGGUGGUGAAAGCAGAAGAAUAUACCCCAGUUUACAUGACUCCUCCAGUGCAUUAUGCCAGGGGAGAAAAUGAAGAGCAUCGGGGGGUCAUAUUUGAACAUGCACAUUACGAUGUGCCCAGCAUCACACCUCAUUCAACCUACAUGAAAGACGAUCAGCGGAGCACUCCAGAUAGUACUUACAGUGAUACCUUUAAAGAUGGAGGGGCAGAGAAAUUUCGCAGUAGUUCUGUGGGUCCUGAAGAAUAUAUUUAUGAACAAACAGCCAAUAACACAUUUCGGUAUACUUUGGAAGCUACCAAAUCCCUCCGUCAAAAACAAGGAGAAGGACCAAUGACUUAUUUAAACAAAGGGCAGUUUUAUGCCAUAACGCUGAGUGAAGCUGGAGACAACAAAUGCUUCAGAUAUCCAAUCAGCAAAGUCCGGAGCGUGAUCAUGGUUGUAUUCAGUGAAGAUAAAAACCGGGAUGAGCAGCUGAAGCACUGGAAAUAUUGGCAUUCACGACAGCACACAGCCAAACAGAGGGUCUUGGACAUUGCUGAUUAUAAGGAAAGCUUCAACACCAUUGGGAAUAUUGAGGAAAUUGCCUAUAAUGCUGUAUCAUUCACUUGGGAUGUUAAUGAAGAGGCAAAGAUUUUCAUCACGGUGAACUGCCUAAGCACAGACUUCUCUUCUCAAAAAGGAGUCAAGGGUCUUCCUUUGAUGAUCCAGAUUGACACAUACAGUUACAAUAAUCGCAGCAAUAAACCCAUUCAUCGAGCCUUCUGCCAGAUCAAAGUUUUUUGUGACAAGGGAGCCGAGAGGAAAAUCCGGGAUGAAGAGAGAAAGCAAAACAGAAAGAAAGCGAAAGGCCAGAUUUCUCAAGCUACUUGCCCUAAUGCAGAAGGGAAGUUGUCUGCGGUCCCUCUCCAAAAGAAGAGUGACAUCACCUACUUUAAAACUAUGGCUGAUCUGGAUUCCCAGCCUGUUCUUUUCAUACCAGAUGUUCAUUUUGGGAAUCUCCAAAGAGCUGGACAGGUUUAUUAUAACACUGAUGAUGAACGAGAAGGUGGUAGUAUCCUGGCUAAGCGGAUAUUCCGCACAGUUGAGGAGGACUUUGUUCCACCACCAUUGAAACAAAUAAAAGAAGAAGGAACAAAAAGAGUUCUCCUGUAUGUGAGGAAAGAAGCAGAUGAAGUGUUUGAUGCUUUGAUGUUAAAGUCUCCCACAGUAAAAGGGCUUAUGGAUGCGAUCUCUGAGAAAUAUGGCCUUCCAGCUGAGAAGAUUACAAAGCUUUAUAAGAAAAGCAAAAAGGGGAUCUUGGUAAAUAUGGAUGAUAACAUCAUUGAACAUUAUUCCAAUGAAGACACUUUCAUCCUAAACAUGGAGAACGUAAUGGAGGGCUUCAAGGUCACAUUGACAGAAAUCUAGUCUAGACCAGCAUAGACCUUGUGAAGUCACAGCAUUUUAUCCUCAAGGAAGCAAAAAAAUAAUUAAAAACCCUGAUUUCACUGAUGCUGAGAAGAAAGGUUGUUACAAAACUAAGUUGGAAACAACCACAUUUCAUUUUUUUUUUGUGACUGGAAACCAAUUUGGCAAUUACUGACCAGUCUGUUCAAAAGAACAUACCUUCAUAAAGUUCCUUAUUUAUUGCUCCUCACUCUGCAACAUGUAAAUAAUCAGUGGACCCUAGACUUCACAGUCUUGAUGUUGCAAGGGUAAAACAGAGACGUUAAAUAAAAACAAGAAAAAUAGUUAAUACAAGAAAAAUAAUGUUGAAGAAUUACAUUAGUUCCACUGGGACUUAAUCACUGAAAUUGCACCCUCUAAAUGAAUUGCUAGAAAAUCUGAUGAGAGCUAACAAUGGGUGAAGUGCCUGGUGGUGUUUGCACACCUACUGUUUAUCAAACUGCUACCUAGUGCUGAGUAUCAUGUAGCUUAGCCAUAUCCCUCCAAGUGUUUCCCUGCACAGGUCACCUGAGGACUUUAAGACUCUUAGAUGGCAUGUACUUUGUAAGUAAAACACCAUCCAUUUUAACCUCUGUAUAUAUUGUUUAUAAUAUGUAAUAAUAUAUUUUUCCUAUCUGUG